AUGCCGUCAUCAGGACACCGGCUCCGGGAUGUUGAACACCAUCCUCUCCUGAAUGAAAAUGACAAUUACGACUCUUCGUCCUCCUCUUCCUCCGAGGCUGACGUGGCAGACAGGGUCUGGUUCAUUCGUGAUGGCUGCGGGAUGAUCUGUGCCGUCAUGACGUGGCUUCUGGUCGUCUAUGCAGACUUUGUGGUGACCUUUGUCAUGCUGCUCCCUUCCAAAGACUUCUGGUACUCUGUGGUCAACGGAGUCAUUUUUAACUGCUUAGCGGUGCUUGCCCUGUCGUCUCACCUGAGGACCAUGCUCACCGACCCCGGGGCGGUACCCAAAGGGAAUGCGACUAAAGAGUACAUGGAGAGCUUGCAGCUGAAGCCAGGAGAGGUGAUCUACAAGUGCCCCAAGUGCUGCUGCAUCAAGCCGGAGCGCGCCCACCACUGCAGUAUUUGCAAAAGAUGUAUUCGGAAAAUGGAUCAUCACUGCCCAUGGGUGAACAAUUGUGUAGGAGAAAAGAAUCAGAGAUUUUUUGUGCUCUUCACUAUGUACAUCGCGCUGUCUUCAGUCCACGCGCUGGUUCUCUGCGGACUCCAGUUCAUUUCCUGUGUCCGAGGGCAGUGGACCGAAUGCAGUGACUUUUCACCUCCAAUAACUGUAAUCCUGUUGAUCUUCCUGUGCCUUGAGGGUCUUCUGUUUUUCACUUUCACUGCAGUGAUGUUUGGCACCCAAAUCCACUCAAUAUGCAAUGAUGAAACGGAGAUCGAGAGACUGAAAAGUGAGAAGCCGACGUGGGAGCGGAGGCUGCGAUGGGAGGGGAUGAAGUCUGUCUUUGGAGGACCCCCCUCCCUCCUCUGGAUGAAUCCCUUCGUCGGCUUCCGAUUCCGGCACCUGCAAAUGAGACCCAGAAAGGGAGGCCCGGAAUUCUCUGUGUGAAGCCUCUCCUCAUGCUGGAACUCGUUAACUGACUUUAAAUUAUUCAUCGGGGUCUGAAAGGGUAUCGACAGCUCGUCUGUGACCAGUAGGGCAAACGGAACCCACGCAAACCAGUUGCUUGCAGCAAGCAGAGUUUUAUACGUUUAUAGUCACAGGUGGCAGGUUUUCCAAACGAGUAACGGGAAGAUGUUCUAGUCAGUUCUCACCUCGACAACUAACGAAAGGUGUGUGGCCACAUGCAGAAGCCAAUGCCGUUCUCUUCCCACACAGUUAGGACUUUUGUUAAGGGUACUUUGCAUUUUCUAAGAAGUCGUGUGGGAUAUUACGUGGGUUACUAAAAUCCUCUGUACCGAGCUGCUUUUCUCAAUCAUGAAGAAAAAAGUCAAUCCAGUGAACAAGAACGCACGUGGUUUCAGGGGCUCCUUUUGGCCCCGUGAUUCAUUAGUGCACCCCCCUGAUCAAGAAGGGGCGUUGCCAUACGAGUACCUUCUGGUCUCGAUUAGCUCUGACCCUUUGCACUGAAUGUGAUCUGUGCACUGAACGGCGAAGGCGGCUUCCGGUAUACCCCCCACUGCCCCACGAGAGGCGUCCUGACCCUUUCAGCAAGUCUGUGUGCGUGCGUGUCUGUGUGUGUGCGUGUGCAUGUGUGUUUCAAAACUGGCAGUGUUGUUUAGGCGAUGUAGCAUUAAAUGGCUGUGUGCAGCAAACAAGCUAUUU